CUACUACUCACUUAUUAAUAACAAAGUUAUUUACAUUUAUUGUUAAGAUAACUAUUUUACAAAUGAUUUGGUCAAAUAAAAUAACUAUUGUUGGUUUCGUUUUACUGUUUUCUAUUAUACUAAUCACCGAGUGUCUGCCUCAGUCUAAAGAAAAUCAAAUCAUUCCUGGUGACUCCGCAUAUGAAUAUUUAAAUAAACCAAAAAAACGUAUGUUAAAUGGACUUAGAUUUCAAGAAUUAUUACGUUUACAAAAAUUAAAAGAUAGUGCUAAAUGGCUUGAAGAUCUCGGGAAACGUUCUUCAAUUUAUGGAAUCAAUUCAUUAGCUGAUGAUGAAUAUGAUUGAAUAGAACUUUAAUAUUGACGCUACCGACCAAAAAAAAUAUACUGAAAAACGUUUGCCAAAGCGUUCAUUUAAUAAAUGUAAUACGAAUUGCUAAAAUGUUUGUAAAUGAUUUUAUUUAUAAUAAAUUUGAUAAAUAAUAAAUGUUUAGUGUAAAA